AUGGGUAAAUGUGCAAUGGCACACUGCACUGGAAGCGAGGCGCUGAUGGCCAAAUACCUCGGAUCUCGCCAAUGCAACAUUCCUAUCGAACCGCUAUAUACCGAAGUAGACGCCGGCACACUCAUUCCAUUUAUUGCUGCCACCUUCUUUUUCACGAUCAGGAUAUCCUCCAAACUAAUGCGUCUAGGUGGUGGCUGGGGCGCUGAUGAUUAUACUAUAAUCGUGGCAUAUAUACUUGCUGUUGUGGUGUAUUCCUUGCACGUUUCAAUGAUCCACUAUGGCUUCGGUAGAAAUAUCUGGGAUAUUGUUCCGCAGGAGGACAUAACAAUAGCCUUCAAGGUCUUUUAUGCAUAUGUCCUGUCAUACAAAGCCCUUAUAUCCCUUGCGAAGAUAUCAGUUGGCCUUUUCCUGCUACGGAUUUUCCAGGCACCGGUCUUCCGUUAUACCACGUACGCCAUAAUAGCCGUCAACGCUGCUAUUGCGAUCACAUGGAUACUAGUCGAUGCCUUUCACUGUAUCCCCGUCCAUUUGGCCUGGACCGCAUGGAAAAUGGACGAGACUGGAAAGUGUAUCGACUUUAUAACCGCAACCUACGUUAACGGGUUUGUCAAUAUUACGGUCGAUACUAUCAUGGUGUCUAUGCCUAUAUACGAGGUGUUAAAGUUAAAAUUGUCACACCGCAGAAAGAUAGGCGUUGCUCUUAUGUUUGGAAUGGGCCUCCUAUUGACCGCUGUCGGAGUUGUGCGAGUGAUCAUUCUGUUUCAGCAUGACGUUACGAAAAAUCCUACAUAUGAGAUGGCGCCACUCAACUACUGGUCCAUGAUCGAGUGUCAGAUGGCCAUUGUAUGCGCUUGCUUACCUGCCACUCGGGCGAUACUCAUUCACUUCCUUCCUGGAAUCGCCGGCCAAGCGACGGAGAAUACAUAUAACAAACGCUUGGGUAUCUCUUCAAGCGGCCCGUCAAAGGGGGAUUCUACUUCUAAUUCCACCAUGCUGGAUAGUGAAUGUGGCGGCUUCAUUUCUAAAACGGUCACCUACUCCGUGGACACUUCUGUUAACUCCCAGAUGGAUUCUUCAGAACCUUGCAUAAAUCUCGUUGAAAUCGACAAGAGAAGGGUAUAA